UGGCUGUGCGGCUCAUGUGCAUGAACAUUCCUCUUGAAACAGACUUGGUAUCCCUACGGUUACGUCUGGCUGACUUAUAAGUUUACUAGCUUGGCAAUAUCACCUGCUGGCUUCAUAGCUACAUGUCCGACUGGUCUUUGGUUCCCAAGGCUUUCCUGAUCCUCUUUCUUAUUUGCUCAUCGUACUUCAAGAUGUUCUACUCGAAAAAAUGGUCUCCAAAGGGACUACACGUCUAUAUCACAGGCGGCAGCCAGGGUCUCGGACUUGCACUCGCCAAGCUCGUCGCACGGAAAGGUGCCCACGUUUCAAUAGUAGCAAGAACACAAAGCAAGCUUGACGAGGCGCUAAAAGAGCUAGAGGCUGCUCGCCAACGCCCAGACCAAAUCUUCAAAGCGUUCUCCUUCUCUCUCGACACUGCAGAGGAAUCUGCCGCCGCCCUUCAAGCAGCUAGUGACGCCCACGGCGGCCAUGUUCCCGAUGUCGUCUUCACAUGUGCAGGCGCUGCAAAACCGAUGUACCUCCUUGAAAUGCAACCAGAGGACCUCACGCGUGGAAUGACAAACGGAUACUGGAUACAAGCAUGGACCGCAUUCGCUGCUGCUAAACAAAUGGUGCGCGAGAAUAAAAAAGGGAAGAUCAUACUGGUGUCUUCGACCCUUGGAUAUAUGUCUUUGAUUGGAUAUUCUUCGUAUUCCCCUGCCAAGCAUGCUCUGCGUGGACUGGCUGAUUCAUUGCAUUCAGAGCUGAUGCUGUAUGGUAUCGACACUCACAUCUUCUUCCCUCCUACGAUGUACACCCCUGGCUUUGACGAAGAAAACAAGACGAAGCCGGCGAUCACCAAAACUAUAGAGUCGACGGAUGAAGGUCUGACAGCGGACAAGGCUGCUGCUGGAUUGCUCGCAGGUGUCGAAAAGGGUCACGCACACAUCACCGCUGAUCUGAUCACAAGCUUGUUCCGAGCUUCGACGCGUGGUUGUGCGCCUCGGAGCAACACUGCUAUGGAUGUUCUGUUGGAUUUAGCUGCGCUUAUCGGGAUACCAAUGUGGAGACGCUCGGUUGAUAGGCAGGUGCUUGCGCAUCGCGAGGAACAUAGGGAGUACUUGAGGGCGAAGGGAUUUUUCGGCUGAUGGUGUCGUGCUGAGUUCGCAUAUACUUAUACCCCAGUACUAGCUUUCGUCGUGGAACAACUGCUCCAAGCAUAUGUCAGUGAUCAAUUCAUUUCAAUUCUAGUAAGUAGGCUUAUGUAGUAUAAUCGACUGCGUACACACGUUUCUAUCUGUUCACCUUAGUCUGCCCCACAUUAUCUACGAGUUUCUCAGUUUUGAA